GCGCGUCAUAUAAACGGAAGGCCAAGAAUGCUUGAUGAAGGAUUUCAGUCUGCUUCUUUAUCAUCUGAAAUUUCUCAUGGAUCACCGUACAAACGAUCUUCCGAUGUAGAAAUAGGAAAUGACUUAAGUUCCAGUGUUGUUUUCUCAACUGAUUUCCACAAAUUUGAUGAUUUGAAAAACUUACUAGAUAACACCAAAGAUGCCGUGAAAUUAGGUGCAAUGAAACGGAUUAUCGAAAUGGUUGCCGGAGGUAAAGAUUGUUCUGAUCUAUUCCCAGCUGUAGUGAAAAAUGUAGUUUCAAAAAAUACUGAGAUUCGAAAACUUGUCUAUGCUUUUUUAACUCAUUAUGCUGAACAAGAACAAGAUAUCGCUCUUUUAUCGAUAUCAACAUUUCAACGAGCAUUAAAAGAUUCUAACCAACUUGUUCGGGCUUCAUCUCUACGUGUUUUAUCAUCGAUUCGCAUUCCACUUAUAUUACCUAUUGUUACUUUAGCAAUUCAAGAUGCUUCAAAAGAUCUCUCUCCGUAUGUACGUAAAACUGCAGCUCAUGCUAUUUUAAAAGUUUAUAGUUUGGAUCCAAACGAGAAAGAUAUCUUGAUUGAAAUAAUUGAUCGUUUGUUAGGCGAUAAAACUACUGUAGUUGUUGGUAGUGCUGUACGUGCAUUUGAAGAAGUCUGUCCUGAACGUCUGGAUUUAAUACACAAAAACUAUCGUAAACUAUGUAAUGUAGUAAUGGAUGUAGAUGAAUGGGGUCAAGUUGUUAUAUUGUCAAUGCUGACACGUUAUGCUAGAACACAAUUUCCCAAUCCUGAAAAACCAUUAAUUACAGUAGAAAAUGCUGAUUCUUCAACUCCUGGAAAUCUUUCAUCCAAUCAAGCAGAUGUUAGUCAAUCCAAGUCGAUUCCGGUUGCAGGCAACGACAAUAAUCAUAAUUGUACAUUGUCGAAAUCAAAUUCAAUUAUUACUACAUCUGAGACAUCAACUGCAUAUUCCAUGUCUGAUGCUUUACCCAUACUGAAUGCUGAUCGAAAUUCACUUUUGCAUGCUGCACGCUAUUUAUUACACAGUCAUAAUUCAGCUGUUGUUAUGGCAUCCAGUCAAUUGUUGUUCUAUUUAAAUGCUACAGAGGAUUAUCCAGCUGUAGUUCGUGCUCUAAUUCGAACCCUACAUCGUAAUCGCGAGGUUCAAUAUAUGAUUUUAAGCAAUAUAUCAAGUUUAAUAACAUUUGGACAUCGUAAUUUAUUCGAACCAUAUCUACGAUCAUUUUUUAUCUUUUCAACUGAUUCACUACAAGUGAAAUUGUUAAAAUUAGAAAUUCUUAGUAGCUUAAUCACUGAAACAUCAAGUUCUGUUAUUCUACGUGAAUUCCAAUAUUAUGUGAAUAGUUUCGAUGAAGAAUUUGUCACUGCAACAAUUCAAGCAAUUGGACGAUGUGCUAGUACUGUUCCACAAAUAUCAGAUGUUUGCUUAGGUGGCCUACUACGAUUAAUGUCUAGACCGAAAGAAAAAAUCAUGGGUGAAUGCGUGAUUGUACUAAGAAAAUUAUUACAAAUGAAAACAACUGAUCAUAAAGAAAUCAUUACACAUAUAGCUCAAUUAGCAGAUACUAUGACAAUCCCAACAGCUUUAGCCUCAAUACUAUGGCUUCUAGGUGAAUUCAGUCAUCGUGUUCCGAAAAUUGCACCUGAUAUCUUACGUAAAAUGGCUAAAUCUUUUGCACAACAAGAGACCAUUGUUAAAUUUCAAAUUAUUAAUUUAGCAGCUAAAUUAUGCAUUGUCAAUCCACGUCAAACGCUUAUUCUAACACAAUAUAUUUUUAAUUUAGCUAAAUAUGAUACAAAUUAUGAUUUACGUGAUAAAGCACGUUUUUUAAGAGGUUUAUUAUUUCCACAAAUUAUAACAAAUCCAAAUUUGAUUGGCGAUGAUAGCUCAUCAGCACCUGGAGUCCAGAAAAAUGCAUUGAAGUCGAAUAAUACUAAUCAUAAUAUUAAUAGUAGUAGUACAUUUUUAUCUAAAAAUAUUCGUAAAAUAUGUUUGGCUGCUAAACCAGCACCAGUAAUCAAAUCACAAUUUGAAGGUAGAUCCAGUUUUCGUCUAGGUACAUUGUCCCACAUACUACAACAUCGUGUACCAGGUUAUCGAGAUCUGACAGAUUGGCCAAUUAUACCACCGGAUCCAUGGUCACGUGUUAUCGCAACACCCGCUCAAUCGACCACGUCAUCGAAUGAUAAUGAAUCUUCCGAAAUGAAUUCAUCUAAAUCGUCUAUCGGUCAUGUGAAACAUAAAGUAGACGAGAAAAAAACAGAUCGUUUUGGCAAUGUUUCUUUAAAUGAUUUCUUUUCAGAAACAGAAGAUGAAGAGGAUGACGAUGAUGGCGAUGAGGAGGAGGAGGAGGAAGAGGAAGAUAAUGAAGAGGAAGAGCAAGAGGAAGAAGAAGAAAGAAUCGAUGAACUAGUUGAUGAACAACGAAAAAGUAAUAAAAAAGCUGUACAUACAUUGUCAUCAUUCUAUAAAACUGGAAAUACUUCCAGUGACACUGAUCAAAACGAUGAAUCUACUACUAGUGAUGAAGAUCAAAUUGAAAAAAAUGAGUCGAUCGACAAAGAUAAUGACAAUGAUCAUGAUUCGGAUUCUGAUUUCGAUAUAGAAUAUUUACUUCGAUCAAAACAAUUGUCUACAAUACAAAAUCAUAUUACCAAAAACUCAUCUGUUUCGUCUAAUCGCUCUGAUACUCAAUCAUCUUCAUUAUUACCAACGGAUACUCCGACUCCCGUUACUACUACUCUGAAUGAUUCUGUUACUUCUGAAUUAUUGAAAGAAACUACAUUUGUUGAAGAAACAUUUACGCAUAAUACUAACAAUAAUAAUAAUAAUGAUAAUGAUAAUAAUGAAGUACAGAUUUCGUUGAAACAAAAUUUGAAUAGUUGGCUAAACACUCAAUCAUCAUCAUCAUCGUCAUCGUCGAAUGAAUCGAUUUAUGAUGCUGUAAUAGAAGAGGAUAUGAUGAAACAGGCUGUUGAACAAUCAUUAGUAAAUACUAGUGAUUCUAUCCAGAAUUGUGAAAAUAAUCAGCUUUCUGCGAAUGAGACAUCAGAAGAUGUGAUUCAUGCACAAUUAAAUUGUGAAGAUAAUUUUGAACGACAUAAUGAGAAAACUGAUGUUUCGUUAAAUAUUUCUAAUCUUCCACAACAAGAUCAAGACAAUGAAUGUGUUAACUUUCCUUUACAGAUCGGUAACUAUUCACUUUUAUGGUAUACUCUAACUAAUCUCCACAACACUGAUAUAACUGGUCAAUUACAAUAUGCUCGUAUUGUUUGGCCAAAUCAUCCAAAACUAGUUGUGAUCAAUUUGAAAUUAUCCAAUCAGAAUACAUGUGUAGAUUUAAGAAAUAUUCAAUUUGACCUCAUGAAUACCGUUAUGGGUCGACUAUUGAUUGACGCUAACCGAAUUCAAUCUUUCAGUCCAAUAGUACUUCUGAAACCUCAAUCAACGUGUACCAUACAAUUUGGCAUAGAUUUCGCUGGAUUCUGUGAUCCAAUCGACUUAGAUCUGAUUUAUGAAAUGAAAUCAAAUUCAGUAACUAAUAUGAAUAAUAAUAUUACUGAUAAUAAUAAUACUAGUAAUAAUCAGGAAUUACCACACAGAUGGAGAAUUUGUUUAAAUCCACCAGCAUCGGAAUUAAUACGACCGGUUUGUUUAAAUGAAAAUGAAUAUUUCGAAGAAAGAUCUAAACUUAUAUUCACUCAAUCAUUUUAUCAUAAUCAUUUAAUGAUUCCGAUUACCAGUCAAGAAACAAGUGAAUGUGAAUUUUUAUCCAAACUAACAACACAUCUUUUGCAACAUAUUAAUAUACAAUAUCAAUUUCAUAAAAUUCAAACAAAUCUUCAAUCUAUACUAUGUAAUCAUGUUGAAUUACAUGAGAAUAUGAAUUGUUCUUCCAGUAGUACAACAAACAUCGAUGUCAACGUUGUUGACAAUCUGAAUGACAAAUAUAUCUAUAUUACUUUAUUUUUCACUGGUCAAACAAUAUCUGAUAAUCAAUUAUGUUUAUUUGAAGUGUCAUAUUGGUCGAAUAAAUUGCCUAGCACUGAUGAUCAAUUAUUAUUACCUAUGAAUUUCAGUUUAUUUUGUAAUUCCACUAGUAUAUUUCGUAAACAUUUAUCAUUAUCUAUUGAAAAAAUAAUAAAAACAUUGUUAUAAUGUUGUUGAUGAUAAAGAUUUUAUUAUUAUUGAUAUUUUUCGUUUUGAGUUAUUAGGAACUUUAUGAUGUUGUUAAAGAGAGAUACGUUCAAUGUUGUUUAAACAUUCCAUUUUCGAAUUUGAUUUUUUUUUCUUUUCUUUUCAAUUACUUUUGGCGCUUUAUUUCAAUAUUCAUCGCUUCAUGUACGUGUGUGUGCGUGUGUUUUUGUGACGUUGUUUAUUGAUUUAUUUGUUUUCAUCCAAUCAUGUGCAAUUUUGUUCAGUUAUUUUUUUGCUUGCUUGACUAACAACACUGUGGUCUUCGUUUUUUUUUCUGAGUUUGAUUCAUUGUUUGAAAUUGUGAAUAAAGUCUAGUCUUUUAACAUGGGAUAAUUUUGAAAUGCAUUCAAUGGGGAA